AGAUAAGCCAAAUGUGAAACAUGCUUUCAUUGGCGUAAAUUUUCCCCCUCGCUCUGCGUCGCCAUCCCGGCCCUGCCGAACCCUCGGGUCAGUAGGAAGCCGCGGAGUGGUGGCAAGAGAGGACCCAGGUGUCCCGGAGUUGGAGAUGGGCACUUAGAGGCGCAUCUGGGGGAGGACACAUCUGGCACUGCGGCCCCAUCUGGCACUGCGGCCCCUGCCACCUGCCUCUCCACACACCGAGGCCCUGGCGACCCUGGCCCCACCACACUGCCUUGAGAGUCGCUCAAAAGUAGGGCCCCAGGGCUUGCAACAGCAUGGGCACUGAGAACGAAAGCCCAGAGCCUGACUGCCAGAAACAGUUCCAGGCGGCAGUGAGUGUCAUCCAGAACCUGCCUAAGAACGGUUCUUACCGCCCCUCCUACGAGGAGAUGCUGCGAUUCUACAGCUACUAUAAGCAGGCCACCAUGGGGCCCUGCCUGGUCCCUCGGCCUGGGUUCUGGGACCCCAUUGGACGAUAUAAGUGGGACGCCUGGAACAGUCUGGGCAAGAUGAGCAGGGAGGAGGCCAUGUCUGCCUACAUCACUGAAAUGAAACUGGUGGCACAGAAGGUGAUCGACACUGUACCCCUGGGUGAGGUGGCAGAGGACAUGUUUGGUUACUUCGAGCCCCUGUACCAGGUGAUCCCUGACAUGCCGAGGCCCCCAGAGACCUUCCUGAGAAGGGUCACAGGUUGGAAAGAACAGGCUGUGAAUGGAGAUGCUGGGGCCGUUUCAGAGUCUCCCUGCCUCCCUAAGGAACUGGCACCCCCAAGCCCAGUGUCUCCUAACAGGUGCUUGGCCCAGGGCACACCCCUGCUGUCCCUGCACAGCCUCCCUCUGGGCAGUAACUCUACCAACCCCUCCUCAGAGUCCCAUCCACCCAGGGACCUGGACUCUGAGGUUUUCUGUGAUUCGCUGGAGCAGCUGGAGCCUGAGCCGGUUUGGGCUGCGCCUCAGGGAGCACCUGGAGGAGAGCAUGACCCCAGGAACAGUCCCGUGCCUCCCAGAGAGAAAGAGGGGUUGCGGGGCAGCCUGCCGGGGCCCCAGGAAUUGGACGCGUGGCUGCUGGAGACAGUUCGAGCACUACAGGAGAGCAUGCAGGAGGUGCAGGGGAGGCUGCAAAGCCUGGAGAGCUUGCCCCAGCCCCCGGAGCAGAGGCCACAGCCCAGGCCCAGUGCUAGGCCAUGGCCCCUUGGGCUCCCGGGUCCUGCGCUGCUCUUCUUCCUCCUGUGGCCCUUCGUUGUCCAGUGGCUCUUCCGAAUGUUUCGGACCCAAAAGAGGUGACUGUCAGUGGAGGGGUCUCUGCAGCCAACUGAUACUAUCUUGGUGUGCCCUGAGCCUUCCUAGGCUUUAGAAGAACAGCCUUCAAAAUUCCUCCUCCCUUCAGUGUUUGUCUUCGCACCUCCUCCUCUAAAGCGGGGCGGAGAGCGGGGCGGUCAAAUAAGACCCACCCCUCCCUACAGCUUCACAGGGAGGCUUCCUUCCCUCCCCACCGCAACCACCCCAGGCUCUCCGGGGAGACUGCAGUUGUGGUGCAGGUCCUGGUGCUGGGUUGGCCCGUGACGGGUGGGGGGGGCGGGGCUGUUGGGUCUCAGCCCCUGCCCUGCCCAUCCUCUGGGUCACCUGACUCUCUUCCCACCCCUGCAUCUCCCCGAGGAGGUUCAGCUCUUGGGCAAGUUGUGACUUGGGCCGGGGCCUGGAAGAAUGAUUGGCCGGGAGGCUGCGGGAGGGAGGCCAGGAGGCCGGGACCAGUUGGGAGGAGUGAGCAGGCCCCGGGGGAGGGGUGUGAGCUCAGAUUUUGCUCGCCUUCCUCCCCUGCUGGCCCCCGGCGCCCCCAUACACACUCAGGAACGUCUUCAUUGAAGAUUCACUUACAAACGAAUGUUUCACUAAAUAAAAGAAAUCCAUAAUCUUCUGCUGUCUGGUCCCCCACAGAGGCAGCGGGAGAGGGGCCGGGAACGCGCGAGGCCCAAGUCCCUUUUCUGCUCCCCACCCAGUGCCCCCUUGAUGGCCCUGAAGGAGGCCGGCGGUUGGUGUUUAUGAAUGAGGAAUAUUUUCCUUCCUCCCCGGGCGAGCGAAGGAGAAAACAGGCCUCGGUGUGGAGGGGAGAGGGAGGGGAACCAAAGGCGGCCCGGGCCGGGAGGGGGGCGCCCUCAGGAGAGCGGGACCCGGGGGUUGGCCCAGAGCGCGGCCCUGUCCACCGCCCGGUCGGGGACGCCGGGCCGAGCGAGCUGGGGGGCGGUGGGGAGGAGAGGAACACGGCUGGGCGGGGCUGGGACCUGGUUCGGUCCCCGCCCGAAGGGGACGACGGCUGCUCCAGCGCUGCGAGCGUAGGGAUGGGGUUCGGAGCCCCCGACCCCAGAAGUCUUCGCUGCCCCCUCCUCAGCUGCCCGUUCUCCGUGCCCCACCUUGACCUGCGGGCCUGGGCCUUCCCAGGGAAUUUUCUGGAAGGCUAAGGCCCAGUGAGAGCCUCGUCCUCGCCCCGCCCUGAGUAGGGGGCAGGGCCCUGCGCGCUUGGAAGCCCUCGUCCGGAUGGGCCGAGCGCCUGCUUGUGCAUCGCCCUCCCGGGGGCACAGGCCAGAGGCCUUGGCCUCCCUCUGUCAGCACCAGCCCUGUCGUCCCUGGUCUACCCUGGCUCAAGCCAAGGCCCAGCCCGGCCCGUAUUAUUCAACGGCGAAACUGGUUGCUCUGAGCGCCUACUGGUGCCAGAGCAUCCAAGUCCACUGGCCAGGGUCCCCACUAGAGCCCCCCGCCCCCCGCCAUUGCUACCACCUGGGCCCUAGGACCUUCCUACCCCUGGGUGAGGAAGAAGCAGUUCUGAUUCCCGAGUUCCCUGUCAGCUCCUAGUCUGGACCACCGCCCCAGGCUUGGCCAUCAUUGGCCCUACCAGAAGCCACAGCCAAAGUCAUCCCUCCUCUCCAAGCCGGGAAGGCAUCCCUGAAGCUAGAUGGUGCUGCUCUGCAUGGCUCAGGCCAGAGUCACAGGCUGUGAUAAGGCUGGACUGCAGCAAGCAGGAUGCACUACGCAGGGCCACCUCGAUGGGGGAAGCAGGUGGGGAGCGGGGUGCUGAAGCCAGCUCCACCACUUUCACAGUAGCUGUGGAACAUGGGCAAGAUUCUUAACUGCUCUGAGCUCGGGUGGCCUAGUUUGUGAAAUAGGGUUGAUCUCUUCCUCAUAAAGCAGUCCUGGGGUUUAGCAGUGACAGGGCACGUUAAAUGCGUGGCAAAGGGUUAAAACCCAGCUAAUAGUAAGGUUGCCUGGCCCCCUGACAGAAUCCUAGAAUUCAGGCCAGGCACAGUGGCUCACCCCUGUAAUCCCAGCACUUUGGGAGCCCGAGGCGGGGGGGAUCACAAGGUCAAGAGAUAGAGACCAUACUGGCCAACAGGUGAAACCCCAUCUCUACUGAAAAUACAAACAUCAGCUAGGCAUGGUGGUGCGCGCCUGUAAUCCCAGAUACUCUGGAGGCUUAGGGAGGGGAAUCACUUGAACCCGGGAGGCGGAGAUUGCAGUGAGCCAAGAUCACGCCAAUGCACUCCAGCCUGACAACACGGCGAGACUCUAAAAAAAAAAAAAAAUUCCACAACCUAUUCGUCUGUCCACUCCUCCCCCAAUAUGACAAAUGAGACCAUAAGUGGAGUGCCAUCCAGGACACUGAGGCUGGGCUCAGCUGUACCCUCCAAAUGCUCUAACUGGGGGUACUCCAGAAUCCUCUGGAGUCUGAAGAUGUGGUAACAAUUUGGAGGUCUCUGAUAACCAAAUUCUCUGCAAAACCCCUUUUCCUCUAGGAGCGCUCUGAGGGGCAGUUCUUGCUCCCAGGAAGCCUUCUAAGGGAUGAAGGCAUACGGAGCGGGGAGCUUUUCAGGUGGCCCCGAGUUCUUGGAAGCCCAGAGAAACAAACCAGGGUGUUGAUUUUCAGAACAUCUAGCUGUGCCCAGAGGCCCGCAUGCUUGCGACUCCCUUUGGAGGCAUCUCCACUGGCUGUGCCCAUCACCACUGGCCCCCGCCUCCAUAUCUCAUACUGCCCAGAGCCACCGAAGUCCCAGACUAAUCCCUUCCUGGCACAUGAUGCUUGGUCUUCCUAAAAUGCCCCUUCAUGCCACUUUGCCUAAAAGCUCUUCAUCCUUCAGAACCAGCCUGGAAGUCACUUGCUCCUGAUACCUGUCCACAAUUCCCAGCUCCCACGCACCCGGCUCAUCAGCUCCCAGCAGGAUUUCCCUCACUCGCCAUUUUGGCUGGCUGUGGUCUGAUGGCCUCUCCACAGUCCAUGAGCAAUGUGAAGGCAAGGAUGGCAUCCCACCUCUUUUUGUACCCUCCUGUCUGCCAAAUGAUAUAGAGGCUGAAUAAGGUUGAAGCUGUUAGGAAUGGAAAGAACGAAAUCCAGUUUUCCCGAUUUUAAGAAAAAACGGGGUUUUGUGUUUGUGACCAAGAAAAAUGGCAUGGGGAAGUCACAAAGACCCGAGCCCUCUAGCCAGGACUGCCUCUUGGUUAUCAGGUGACCUUGGACAAGUCACUUAUUUUCUGGCGUCUUAGAGAUGCCUUAUCUGUAAAAUGGAGACAGUCAUUCCUAUCGUGCCUAACUCGCCAGGCUGUGGUGAGGUCACAUGGCUCUGUGCGCAAAAGGUGCACAGUGUAAACGGGCUGGAAUGUCAGGGAUGCUAUUAAGGAAGCAGUAAGAAGAAAGGGUCACUAGGUGUGUGGCGAGGGAGAAGUGGAAAGGGCGCUUUAGGCCCUGGUGACUGGUAUGGAGGGUUCUCCGGGUCCUCUCAGUCCUUUUUUGGAGGGCUGGGGGCUUUAGUCUGGAGAAUUUAUCUGAGAAACUACGCUCCAGGGAAAAUCGUCCCCCCCGGCCCUGUGCCAUAAUCCCCUACCGCAAGUUUCGGAGCAAGUCCUCCUCCAUCCUUCCCUCCCAGUCUUGCCCAGUGCCCACUGAUGAAGGGCCUCUGCGGGUUAGACCUGAUACCCUCUCGGAUAGCCAGGGCUGAUGAUUUCAACUCAGUAUUCAUACCGAACCCCUCCCCAACAAACAGCCUCAUGGCUGGCCCGGACCUCCCCUGUCCCGGCUCAGGAAAUGAUCCCGGUGGGAAGUGAAAAGACCAAAUCGGCCUCAGGAGGCCAUUUUCUUCUACAGAAGCUGAGGCCUGGGGGCGAGGCCUUCACCCCCCCUUCCCCCCACCCGCGCUUUCCGAUCUCGGCCCAGGGAAGAGGCUUGGCCGCGAAUCACAAGUCUGCAUUGGCCCCUGGGGCGGGGUGGCUUUUAAAGACCGGGCUGAGGCUGCGACUCGGCCACCUUCACCUAAGGGUCCCGAGACCAAUCCGGGGGUCGGCGUCACCGGGACUCGAACCAGCCCUUUCGUCUUCCGAGGCCUAGUGCGAGCCUGCUGCACUAAAGGCAGUCACACUGUCCCUUUAAGGCGGCACUUUUUAUUCUUCAUCUGUUUACUUCUUCAUGCGCUUUUCGUUUUUAACAAAAUGUACUCGCGAUAUCCUUCCGCAAGUGUCAGUCUCAGGCACUCACCACCCGCCUUGAAGCCGUUUCUGUAAUCUUAAGACUCGCGAGUAAGCAAUCGUGGGCCGACAUCUCUUUUUAGAAUUUAAUUCUUUUACAUUUUAGGGACUACUUUUUAGGAAUAAACCAUUCUUUCGUUAGUUACUAAAGGUUUAUAACCCUCGGAACCCUUACGCUGAGAACAGAAUACGACAAUAGCCUUUAUAACGCACCUUUUCAUAAAAACAUUCUGUGUGCAUUCACACAGGCCAUCGAAUCUUCUCGUAUUCCAGAAACAGAAUGGUACGGUCCAGAACCCGCCCCAUCUCUGCGAUUGGCUAUCCUUCUUCAGCGAGUCUGGUGACUUUUGACCAAUGGUCGCUUGCGUUUCUUUAGCGGGGGCAAAGCGAUGGAAGGAGGCAACCUGGGUGACGCCCCCUACGCGUUAUGGGAUUGGCUACGUCGCACGGCGCGCGAGAACGGCGGGCCCGAAAGAUAAGAACUACGACUCCCGGCUCCCCACGAUGGAAACUCCAUUACGCAUGCGCAUGGGCGGAGCGAACACGCUUCUAUAUAAAAGGGGUGCAGCGGGCUGGGAGGCAGCAGUUGGAAGUUGGCAGGUGGAGAGGCAGGUUGAUAGGGAAAGUCGGGGGAGGAGGCGGAAGGGGAGCUGUGGGAAGGGGGAGGAGGGAGGGAGGAAAAGAGGAGGAGGCGGAGGAGAACUGAGCAGAGCAGAGCAUCGAGCCAAAGGGGAGAUGAGUUUGUCUGUCCUCUGCUGAGGCUCCGGCCGGGCCUGGGGAACUGGGAGCUUGGGUUGAAGCGACACCCGUGGAAGUGGGAGGAGGUGACUCCGGGACUUUAACCCCUUGUGGGCUCUGCGGCAGGGGAUUUAACCCUUUGUGGAUCUUGCCCCUCGGAGGCAGCGUCAUCGGUAGUUUUAACCCUUUCGGGGCUGGGUUUCACCCAGUGGACUUACCCUCAUCACCUUGCUCACCAACUCCUUUAUUGUUGGGGUGCUCCGCUUGGAGGUUUGAGGCCCACCUUCGCACAUUACGUACUGUUCCUGCCGCUGCACCCCCCUGGACCCGCUAGCUGGCCGCACUGUGGGCGCUUAACCCUUUACUGACUUGAGCUCCCAAAUUGCUAUUGGAGUUUGCUGAUGGAAGGACUGGCUAAAGGCGUCACUGCAGUAACUACAAACUGAAGAGGACUCUGUUGGACUUUUUUUUUUUUUUUUUUUUUUUUAAAGAACAACCCAUUUUUUUCCUAAAGGACUUACUGGCCAAAAUUUCUCAAACUUCGAGGACUCUACUAGCCAUGGCCGAGCCAUUCUUGUCAGAAUAUCAACACCAGCCUCAAACUAGCAACUGUACAGGUGCUGCUGCUGUCCAGGAAGAGCUGAACCCUGAGCGCCCCCCAGGCGCGGAGGAGCGGGUGCCCGAGGAGGACAGUAGGUGGCAAUCGAGAGCGUUCCCCCAGUUGGGUGGCCGUCUGGGGCCGGAGGGGGAAGGGAGCCUGGAGUCCCAGCCGCCUCCCUUGCAGACCCAGGCCUGUCCAGAAUCUAGCUGCCCGAGAGAGGGAGAGAAGGGCCAGAAUGGGGACGAUUUGUCUGCUGGCAGCGAUUUCCCGCCGCCGGCAGAAGAGGAACCGAUGCCCGAGGCCGAGCUGCUCGCUCAGUCUUGUAAUGACUCCGAGGCCAACAAGUUGGGGGCUCCUGCCGCAGGGGGCGAAGAGGAGUUGGGACAGCAGCAGAGACAGCUAGGCAAGAAAAAACAUAGGAGACGCCCGUCCAAAAAGAAGCGGCAUUGGAAACCGUACUACAAGCUGACCUGGGAGGAGAAGAAAAAGUUCGACGAAAAACAGAGCCUGCGAGCUUCGAGGAUCCGAGCCGAGAUGUUCGCAAAGGGCCAGCCCGUCGCGCCCUAUAACACCACGCAGUUUCUCAUGGAUGAUCACGACCAGGAGGAGCCGGAUCUCAAAACCGGUCUGUACUCCAAGCGGGCCGCCGCCAAAUCCGACGACACCAGCGAUGACGACUUCAUGGAAGAAGGGGGUGAGGAGGAUGGGGGCAGCGACGGGAUGGGAGGGGACGGCAGCGAGUUUUGCAGCGGGACUUCUCCGAGACUUAUGAGCGGUACCACACGGAGAGCCUGCAGAACAUGAGCAAGCAGGAGCUCGUCAAGGAGUACCUGGAGCUGGAGAAGUGCCUCUCGCGCAUGGAGGACGAGAACAACCGGCUGCGGCUGGAGAGCAAGCGGCUGGGCAGCGACGACGCGCGUGUGCGGGAGCUGGAGCUGGAGCUGGACCGGCUGCGCGCUGAGAACCUCCAGCUGCUGACCGAGAAUGAACUGCACCGGCAGCAGGAGCGAGGGCCGCUUUCCAAGUUUGGAGACUAGACGGAAACUUUUUGGGGGAGGGGGGCAAAAGGGACUUUUUACAGUGAUGGAAUGUAACAUUAUAUACAUGUGUAUAUAAGACAGUGGACCUUUUUAUGACACAUAAUCAGAAAAGAAAUCCCCCUCGCUUUGGUUGGUUUCGUAAAUUUAGCUAUGAUGUAGCUUGCGUGCUUUCUCCUGUUCUUUAUGUGAAACUGAAGAGUUGCUUUUCUUGUUUUUCUUUUUAGAAGUUUUUUUCUUAAUGUGAAAGUAAUUUGACCAAGUUAUAAUGCGUUUUUGUUUUUUAAAAAAUCCCCUCCUUAAACGGAGCUAUAAGGUGGCCAAAUCUGAGAACAAUUAAAUUCAUUUUAGUUAUAAUAAAUUUAAUAUUUGUAAAUGUAACAGUUUCAGUGUGAUUUCUAGAGCUAAUUCAAAAUAGUAUUGACUUAUUUUAUGUGACUGCAUUUUUGGGGAGGGGUACUGAAAUCGUUAAAUUUGUCAGUUUGCAAAAAUAACAAUCUUUAAUGGGAGAAUUUCAAUUUGCCAAUUUUUUCCUUGAAUGAGUUUAAGUAUGUUACAAUAUACACUUCAGGCAAAAUAUAAAGAUUUAAUUAUCUUCAAUACUUAAGUUUGCUUGCUUUCUAGUGCCUUGGUUUUCUUUCUUGAUGCUGGAAAAAUAAACAAACCCGUGUUGAGUGUUUAGGUGAGUAGAAAGUGGCUACAAUCUGAAAUUUUAAAGUUAACUCCCUCGCCCAUUCAAAAGCCUAAAAACAAAAAAUGUAAAUCUAAUUUGGCAGUUUGUUAGGUUAGACAACUGACAGCCCCAUUUCAUUCCUAACAAUUUGCUUUUCUGUCAUGUCUUCCCACCCCCAUCCCCCAUAAGGCUGGAAGAGGCUCUUGGCAAACUUAGUGCAAGUAAUGGUUAAUUUGCCGGGCAGCUGGCUGACAUGUUCAGAGGUAGGAAAUACUGGAUUUAUGAAGGAAAUGGCUGUUUAGGGGAUACCAAGGACUUACCCUAAUUGUCCAAUACUUAAGUGCUCUCUAUCCAAAAAAAAAAAAAACGAAUAAGAGCUAUCCACCUUUCCAUGUGGGUCAAACUAAAAUUAGAAAUGUCCCCUCACUGCAGAUCAAAUGUAAAGCUUCCAGUUAAGGAGCUAAAUGAGGUCCUCAGCUGAAUGAGGAACCCUGUGCAUUCCCUUGCACAGCCCUAUUCUAAAUUGCAUAAACUAUGCGGAUAGCUGCUUAGGUUCUUGAGUAGUUCUGCUCUUAAAUGCAGGGAGGCCCUAAUUAAUUUUUGCCCCAAAAUCAAAAUAGAACUUACAAGAUUAUUCCUUCCUGUCACUUUGGUUAACCCAGCCCUUCACCUGCCCUGUGUCAGUGUUGCCCGAGGGCAAUUGCAUUGCUCAAAUCACUAGCAUAGGGGUUCCUUAACUUGGGGUCUUAGAAACCAUUGUGGGCCUUGGGGUCCAUGAACCCCAUGAAAUUAUUUGUAGACUUGUGUUAUAUGUACAUUUUUCUAGGGAGAAGGUUCAAGAGAUUCAUAGGAUUGUCAUACUCCCUGAAGCAUAAGAACCCCUGCAGGGAAGGGGGAAGAAAACCCUCCCAUUAGGAAGCAUACUUUUGCAGUUAAAUGGCGAUGGUGGAGGUGACGGACUUCAAGAGUAAAAUGCACCUUGUGAUGCAUAAGAAGCAUACACAAAUCAAUAAAUCAAGGGAGAUUAAACCAGUAGGACUGAAUCAGGGCCCUCAAAGCUGGACUGAGUUGGUCCUGUUCUGGCACAUAUGGUCCACUGGAGACAAUGUAUGAUCAUGUUUUUCUUUGGUCUGAAAAUUGUAUUAAACGUUUAUUUUGAAAGUU